AGGGCCUAAUAAUUUACAGGACCGGCUCUGAUUCCAGCAACACUUCUUGUAUUCAUGGUUGAAUUGCAAUUACCUCGACAUAAUCACUUCAAUCCUAUGUGAAUCUACACGUAAACUCUUUUUUAUGCUUCUUCAAUUCUGGGAUAUCAUGAUGUAUUUGGGUGCUGAUUAUUCACUUAAAAUUUCUCGAUGAAGUAUUCUGGUGCUUAAAACCUGUUCGCCGCCGAGCAUUGGAAAAAGAAUGGAUGGUUGGGGCUGUGUCUGUUGUGGGUUCUGCUUUUAUCGAUUCAAAGACUUUCCCAUGCCUGUGUUUUGAUGCUCUGCCUUCUUGCGAACUGACGGUGGGCAUUUAGUAUUGCAGAGGCAUAUGAUUGGCACAAAGCACUUGCCUUGUUUGGGGUCGUUAGAUGUGAGAAACUCAUUUCUUGAUUAUGCCUCAGUUAAAGCUCUUGCAGGUUCAAAGAUUUCUCCACCACUCUAUGCCCAUGCACCACUCCCACACCCACUCCACCCACAACCAUAAAGGCAAGCCUUGCCCACCGCCGUAAAACCGCGCCGCUCCGUCUAUUCCAUCGGAAACUCUCCUCCACGAAGAAACUCAAGACAUGUACGCCGCGAAAUCCCACCUCCACCGCCUCCAAUUUAAUGUCUGCAGCUGCCGGAGGCUCUUCUCUUCGCAGUCGCAGACCCCUCUCGAGUCCGCCGGCCCCAUGGCAUGCCUUCUCAAGACCCGAUCCGUGAUCCGCUUCAGGGGACCCGAGACCAUCAAGUUCCUCCAGGGUCUUGUGACAAACGACGUGAGGAGUCUAGACAACCCGGAAACCGAUGUCGAGAGGAGCAAGACGCCCAACUUGCCGGGGAUUGUGGUUCCUCCGGUGUACGCCGCAAUGUUGACUCCACAGGGGAGGUUUCUAUACGAUUUCUUUCUGUACAGGCCGCCCCGUUUGGAUGAGAAGCUGGAUCGGACGGGUUCUGGGCCGGGGCCCGACUCGGAUGAGCUCGAGAUUUUCGCUGACGUUGAUGGGUCUGUCAUGGAUGAGCUCUUGGCAACUCUGAAAAGAUACCGUUUGAGAUCUAAGGUUGAGAUUGAGAAUGUGGCACAAGAUUUCUCUUGCUGGCAAAGGUUUGGUAGGAACAUAGCAAGUGAGUCUUCAUCAUUGGAAGACUCUGAAGCAAAUUCUGUUGGCUAUGGUGGUACUGUUGAUGGUCCUGGUAUAUCAUCUUCACAAGGAAAUAAUCUUGGUUGGCAAUGGAAUAAGGACCCACGGUUGGCUUGUCUUGGAUUUCGAGGCAUCUUUCCAUCCAAUGAUACACCUCCACUCGUUGAGGUGGAUAAAGAAACUGAUGAAGGAAAUUAUCUUCUCUUGAGAUUAGAGAAGGGAGUUGCUGAAGGCUCAGCUGAGAUCCCAAAAGGUGAGGCGAUACCCCUAGAGUACAAUCUUGCUGGUCUCAAUGCUAUUAGCUUUGAUAAAGGAUGUUACAUUGGCCAAGAACUCAUUGCUCGUACACAUCACCGUGGAGUAAUACGAAAACGACUAAUCCCUUUGAGAUUUUUGGAUGAUAGUGGAAAAGAGAUUGAACAAAAAGUAUCACCUGGUUCUGAAGUGAUUGAUACGGCCUCCCAAAAGAAAGCUGGGACGGUCACAACUGCACUUGGAUCUCGUGGUUUGGGCCUUCUCCGCUUGGAUGAGGCUUUCAAAGGAUUGGGCUCGUUAAUCGUAAAAGGUCAGGAAGAUAUCAAAGUAGAGACCAUGAGGCCAAAAUGGUGGCCUCCUGAGUGGGUGUAAACUGCUUAGCUUAUGUAUGACUCUAUUACCCUCUUUUUACACCUCAGAAUAAUGGAGCUUCUGAACAUGAACAAAAAGCUUGAUUUUGGUAUUAAUAAACUUUUUCCCCUUCUGAUCGUGCAAUUUUUACAUAUUAUGCGGUAGAUUUUGUUUUGACUAUGUGCAUGUGAAUGAAAAUAGUUGCAUGUCGCGAAGCUUUAUGCCCG